CGUCUGAUAUCCUUGAGGCAAAUGAGAGAGCAUUCAACGUUGUCCGCAAAUAUUUACCCGAAUAUUUCGGUGAUCGCUAAUAUUGGCUGGGCUGUCCCCCACAGGCAAAAGGUGUACGCGCUCUCGCGCAUACAUAGAACCUGGUGCCAACACACGUACGAGUACGUGCGAACGUAUCGAUCCAAUCGACGCCGCUAACUUUGCCAGAGAGCGAAUUGCGUUUCGCUGGGAUAGCCGGACGGCCGACACAGUCUACCGUUUGCUGCCCUCCUCUCUUCUUCCUACUCCUCUGCAAUCUGAAAAGCAUCGGGGCACAACUAUGCGAUUGUUACGCAACGAAUAAGCGACACACUCCAACAGACCUCCUCGUCUUAAGGGAGAAUAUGGCAGCACCCGCCGUCGGCAUUGACCUGGGAACGACCUAUUCCUGCGUCGGUGUUUUCCAGCACGGAAAGGUCGAAAUAAUCGCCAAUGACCAGGGAAAUCGGACGACCCCCAGCUACGUGGCGUUCACCGAUACCGAGCGACUCAUCGGUGAUUCGGCCAAGAAUCAAGUGGCGAUGAACCCGACGAACACGAUUUUCGACGCCAAACGUUUGAUCGGAAGAAGAUUCGACGACGCCUCCCUACAGGCGGACAUCAAACACUGGCCCUUCAACGUCAUCAACGACAACGGCAAACCGAAGAUUCAGGUCAAUUAUAAGGGAGAAAGUAAAUCCUUCUUCCCCGAAGAAAUAUCCUCGAUGGUACUCACGAAGAUGAAGGAAACCGCGGAAGCUUACCUGGGAAAGACAAUUACAAAUGCCGUCAUCACGGUGCCAGCUUAUUUCAACGAUUCUCAACGUCAAGCGACCAAAGAUGCCGGCGCUAUUUCUGGACUGAAUGUCCUCAGGAUUAUUAAUGAACCGACCGCGGCAGCCAUAGCUUAUGGUCUCGACAAGAAAGGACGUGGGGAAAGAAACGUGCUCAUUUUCGAUCUAGGCGGGGGAACGUUUGACGUAUCGAUUCUCACCAUAGAAGACGGAAUCUUCGAGGUGAAAGCAACGGCGGGGGAUACGCACCUCGGCGGAGAGGAUUUCGACAGCCGUUUAGUGACCCAUUUCGUUCAGGAGUUCAAGCGAAAGUACAAGAAGGACCUCUCGAGCAGUAAAAAGGCGACUCGUAGGUUGAGGACCGCGUGCGAACGCGCUAAAAGGACACUGUCGUCCUCUACGCAGGCCAGUCUCGAAAUAGAUUCGCUCUUCGAGGGCGUUGACUUUUACACCACCGUAACGCGUGCCAGGUUCGAAGAGCUGAAUCAGGACUUGUUCAAGAGCACCGUAGAUCCCGUGGAGAAGUCCUUGCGCGACGCCAAGAUGGACAAGGCCCAGAUACACGACAUCGUCCUCGUCGGGGGCUCCACCAGGAUACCGAGGAUACAGAAACUACUUCAGGACCUGUUCAACGGUAAGGAGUUGAACAAAUCCAUCAAUCCGGACGAAGCCGUAGCCUACGGAGCCGCUGUCCAGGCGGCGAUUUUACACGGGGAUAAAUCCGAGGCCGUCCAGGAUCUGCUGCUGUUGGACGUGGCGCCGUUAUCCCUCGGGAUAGAAACGGCCGGAGGCGUGAUGACAGCCCUCAUUAAGCGGAACACGACUAUCCCGACUAAGCAAACCCAAACGUUCACCACUUACUCCGACAAUCAGUCGAGCGUCCUGAUCCAAGUUUACGAAGGGGAGAGGGCGAUGACUAAGGACAAUAACCUACUGGGAAAGUUCGAACUGUCGGGGAUACCGCCGGCUCCUAGAGGCGUUCCCCAAAUUGAGGUGACCUUUGACAUAGACGCCAACGGUAUACUGAACGUAUCGGCUAUUGAAAAGUCGACAAACAAGGAGAACAGGAUAACGAUCACCAAUGACAAAGGAAGACUCAGCAGGGAAGACAUCGAGCGUAUGGUCAACGAAGCCGAGAGAUUCAGGAGCGAGGACGAAAAUCACCGGGAAAGGAUUACCGCCAAGAACAAUCUCGAGUCUUACUGUUUCAACAUGAAGGCAACCGUAGACGACGAGAAUAUCGUGCGGAAAAUUUCCGAAAACGAACGAAAAUUGAUAUCCGACAAGUGCACGGAGAUCAUCAAAUGGAUGGACACCAACAUGCUCGCCGGGAAGGACGAAUUCGAGGCGAAGCUCAAGGAGGCCGAAAGGGUAUACUUGGACGUCGUUGCGCAAUUUCAGAUAAGUCUACACAAAAAUUAUUUUUUUUUCAAUGGUCAAGGUUUGCGGUCCGAUUAUUACGAAGCUCUAUCAAAGUGGCACAAGUGGUGGCAUGCCACCCGGCUUUCCUGGGACAGCUGCCGCAGGAGGAGGAUCGACCGGUGGUAACGAAAGCAGCGACAAUCCGACCGUCGAAGAAGUAGACUGAGCAUCUGUGGUCGCUGGAAGCUUUGCAGCCGGUUGCAGCGUAAUCGACGACUGCAGCAACUCGUCCUUAUCGAUUUUUCUUUUUUCGUUUCAUGUUCAGCCGAACGCCAUUCGAUGUCCGAUUUUUUUUUAAUCGUUGCAUAAUUGCCCCCGAACAUUUGUUCCGUUUUGGUUCAUUUUUUCUUUCUUAGGUAACUCACAGUCGGUCAGCCAACCGACUGCUGAUGCUGUACCAACUCUCGGUACCACGAUCUACGGUCGUGGAAGUCGUCGGUAAGCCAACGACCUGUAUUUUAUUUUUCAAUACGUUUUUUCGAGCAGCGACCAUCGGUCAGUUGCCGGACAUGGAGCAAAAAUUUUAUACCGAUCUCGUUCGGUAUCGUGCUGCUCUCUUUUUUUCUAUUUGUAUUCUGGAGAUGGAAUUCAUGCGGUUGACCGUACAGACCGUGAUUAAAAGUUACAUUUACCGCGUACUCCCUGAAAUCGUUAUUCCGAAAUAUUUGUGCGAAUGAAAAAAUUCAUGAAAACCCGCUGAUUUGGGAAGUGAGUAUUUUUGAAAACUUUGUUUUCGCGAUAUUCUCGAGAGACCGAACCGUCACCGAUCGUCGAACGGCAUGCAACGGGCUAAUUUUUUGGUCCCUUUGACCCGACCUGACCUGCGGCAACGAGAAACUUGAAAUCCGAGCCAGCUAAUGGUGGUCGAAAUUUUUUUUUUUUCAAUCCCACGGACAACGUGGCCGUACGCUAACGAGUGUGUGAUAUAACAAAAUUAUGUUAUGCGGUUUAUGAUUUACGGGCGUGGCGUGAAAACGGUCUCUCGCGAAUCAGCGAAUGGAUUUCUCUUUCGCAUUGAGUUUAUUGUCCUUAUCAGAUCCUGGGGGAACGACGUCGCAAACAUAAUAUCCUGGAUCGGUCUGACAGGGGAUAUCAGAUUUCUUCUUCACAGGAGACACGCGGUGUUCGAGCGUAGGCGAGAAAACACCGCCUCGACUGCACUUCUGAUAUCUACACGUGCAUGGAAAAAUUUUUUCUGCAAACUCUCCGACAAAUUCUGAAAAGAUAACUGGAAAUUUGUCCCACCCAAAAUUGUUAUUCUCUUCUCUAUUUCUCCCUUCGUUUUCCGAUUGAUUUUUUUUUCAAACCGGGGCAAAGGAGAUUGACGAGGGGCGCGUAGAAGGGUCAACCCCUUGACCCUUGACUCGAGAUCAUCGUUGAAAAUAGGGGAAGGUGUUGAGUGCCUGAAACGCCUACGAAUUAAAUAUGUUAUCAUUUUUUCAGGAUUCGUAAAAAGCACGAGGACCCUUCGGCAGGAGAUGAAAAUCUACGCCCCGCAGAAAAUGCAGCGAAAGGCAACACUAUUACCACGUUCCAACUGCACACAGAGAGAGAGACUAUCUCUCGGUUAAUCCAACUUCAGUAUAACAGAAUAACCAAUCCAGAAAUACCUACUGCAGCUGUUGCCGCCGCCGCCGCCGCCACCGCCGCCGUUGAUGCCCGAUCCGCUUGGUGUAAAUGUAACUUACGUUUACAUUGGAACGAGACGGUGAGGCCGCUGGUCGCGGCAUUGCGAAGUGUGCUUCGUACGGGCAUAAGGUAUGUAAUUAAGGGACGAGCCGGAACUGUCCGAUUCACUUCACACCGGAAUAUACGUAUAUAUAUAUAUACACGUGUGGAGCAACUCCGUCCGAUUCACCGGGAGAGAUGAAAACGCUUGUACUCGUAACGGUGAGGAGCCCGUCCUCCUCGCCUCCGCUUCCACUUGAUCGCCGUUUACAUUCACCGUCCACGGAAAUUGUGGAAUCGUUACACUGAUUCCGUUUUAACCGCGCACAAACGGCAGCUGCACAGGUGUCUCCGAUGCCCUGCGUCCGAAGGGACCGUUGCCCCCCUGCACGUGUACGACGUCCCGCUCGUGUUUAACAGUUCUGAUUACAUUUACCGCCCGAUAAGUUACUAACCGCCCAGAAACUAGUUACAAACAUUUCACGUUACCCGCGUAAAACAUUUACAAUAGUCAGAUUUCCGAAAACGAAAUCACCCUGCGAGCGACGCUGUUACACAUCCGGAUGGAUACGAGCGAAAGGGCACACGCGAAAUAGAAUUACACCGGACGAGUAACUUUUAAAAUGAGUUCGAUCGAAUUCGGUUUUUCGACAUUCGUUUCUCUCAUUUUUCUUUUUUUUUUUUUUUUGAGAGAUAGAACAGUCGUUUGUACAGUGCUGUACGUCGAUAAGCGGUUAGGGGCACGGGAGAUAUCGGGGUGAAAAAAAUAAUUCUAGACACUCCGGUAUCUGCGGCGAUACAGAGGAGGGUAUUGUGUAGAUUUCCCGAUAGAAUUGCGGUGCCUUGUACCUAUGAUUAUAAACGAGAAUCUUAUCGAUUUUCUAGUCAAAGUUUGUUUGGAAUCGGAGAAAAAAAAUCAUACGAAAUGUAAUAAGGGGAUCGAUUUUGGUCACCUACGAUUUUUUUUCGGUUUUAUUUUCUAGGGGGGUUUUUUCGUGUUGCGGACAAAAGUUAUUCCCGGCAUCCCACGUAAUGUGGGUAAAACUCUUCCCCGUCCUAUUUUCCCCUCUUGAUCUCGUAGAGCGCGCGCGUUCCCUCGUAGACGAAGAAAGAGCUGCGGAGAUGAGCGGCGAUAUCUAGGAAUUUACAAAACAAGAAUCCACAGAUACGAUCUUCGGGUUCAUCUAGAUCUCGGUGUUUUUUUGACCCCACUGACGAAACGGUACAAUUUAUUGGGGCAUUACUACCGACCCCCUAAAUCUCACCGUACACAUUUACUUACCAGAUGUCCAAGAUUUCUCGACCACGAUUAUGACCACGUAAUGCGGUACAUAUUUUUUUUUUUUUUUUCUCUUUACAUGUUCCUCUCUCGGUACCUACCUCCUUUUUUUUUUAUUCAUUUUCUACUUUUUAUUCGUCUUCUCUUCGUCCCGAUCUUUUACCGGUUUCCGGUAAACGGACGAUCGAGAAUUUCCCCCAACUUUGAUCAUUUUUUUUUUUUUGUCCGAUUUAUUUUAUUUUUUCAGCGUCUCCGGACACUCGAAAGAAAGAACUUCUUCUUCCAGUAUUCUCGAGGGCUCGGGAGUCUUGAGAGGCUCUCUUCUGCAAUUACGAGUAUAAUAAUUUACAUAACCAUAAACAUCACGGAUCGAACAAUAAAUGUGAAUAAUUAGCUAUAGUAUUCUUAAAGCUGCAUCGUAGUAAUAAAAUCAGCGCUUUCGUUCCUCCCCCUUGGAAGUGCGGUAAAUUAUUAUUUAACGAGGGUCUUAAAACGGGGAGGAGGCAGUACCGGCGAGGACCCAUAGCUUUCAAAAGUAGACGAUCCCGAUAUUCCCCUUACUUACCUCUCGACGAUCCCGACGGCCGGGAGAAUCGAAGAGCCCCGUUGAAAAAAAAAAACAGAGAAAAACUUACCGAUCGAAUUAGACGUACAACGAAAUCCAGGCGGACUUAUGAAAACGAAGAAAGGGGUCCCACUCGCGCAUCGAAUCGCGCCUGAAACUCCGAUCCCCGUACGCGAUCGUAGGAAGAAGAAAGAAAAAGGAAGGAGUGAAAAAAAAACAGCGCAAACCCAGAAAGAGAAAGAGAAGAAAAGAGAAAAAAAUAUACCGAGAGAUCCGCACGGGAAAUUGCGAAACGGUUCUGCGGAGUUGCGGUACGGUAUAAAGGCGCGCCAAGCGCAUGGCGCAGUCGUUUAAAACGUCACGUUUGCAAAUUGGAACAUAAAAUCACGGUUAUAAGGGGCCCUCCUGAUUGUUUGUUACUGCUUCUAACCGCCUACCCGCGGUAACUUUAAGUUGUACUGCAACAGCGUCAUGCGGUAAUUUUCAUUUUUUUUACCUCCCCUCCUACCCCGCGCCUCUCGUUUUUCGAAACUCAUCCUACCGUUAAGUCGACUCGUAACACCGGAAGACAGAUGAGCCUGACUCAAACUAAAAUACUCGCGAUUUACGAUUUUUCUUUUUUGACUCUCCUUCUUUUUUUUUCUUUCACAUCGAACCGAAACAAAAUUUUUCGUACCUUCCGAACUCGCGUGUCUCAGGUACAGGUAUUCGUAGUGUAUUACCGUCUCACCGUCAUGUGUACCCGAAGUUAUAAUUACCCGCACGGUCAAUAGAUUCGGUAUCGGUUUUAUCUAUCGGGUGUACGGCGAUCCCUUCGUUCUCGGUACGAGGAAAACGACGUCCAUUAAGUUAGUUCGUUCGCAUUACAUUUGAUUGGGGUGGGUAUUCUCUCUCUGGUCGGAGGCAACUCCCGCAGCGGUGGCACUAAUUGCAAUCGUGGUAACGCAUCUCUCGAAUGCCGGCGCGGUGAUACGUCGAAAAUAAAGAUUGAAGGAAGUGAGCGGGGAAACUGCCGAGAGGAGAAACAGAAAAACGAAAAAAAAUAAAUAAUCCAAUUCGAAAAGGAAGAAGAGAGAAAGGAUCAAUCUCGGGCCCGAUGCGUCCCGCCGCCUGCGAUCGCUGCCGCCCGUUCGCCUUCUCCCGCAAUUCCAGUCCAUCAAUUCCCCCGUAUUCCGAACGCACGUAGGAUAAAACCCCCGUACACACGCUUAAGCCCGAUACAACUUAUGACCGUGCAGUACGUUUGUCAAUUAAAUUUACCCCCUGCAUUGCGAUGAAUUAUCGUCGCGUAGGCGUGUGCACCGCUCAUAAUCCGCGACUUCCAGCAACAGCGGGGAACCCGAGCGUGUACCAACCCUCUUAGCGUACGCCGCUAAGACGUAGAGAUUAAUCGGAAGCUACCGAUAAUUUGUACCGCAACAGAUACCCACUCAACGUUCGGAUAUCUCGCUAAUUGGAUAGAUCAAACCCGCUGAUUACACCGCUCACGCACACCCGCCGUACAUUUUUUAAUUCCCCCCCCCCCCCCCCCCGUGUACAACGAAGAACGAAUAAACGGAACUGAGUAACGAUUACCGGGGUAAGAGACGGAUCGCGGAGAAACGGAUUGAAUCGAACGAAGUCCCUCAAUUUUUGCUCGGAUCGGUGAUGAAAAUAAAAAAAAAUAAAAACUUGGAAAAUACCGUGGAAAUAAAUGGGGGAGAAGAAGAAGACGAAGAAGAAGAAGAAGGAGACGGGCAUGUGACGUCAGCAUUGUGGGACCGUCCGGUUGAGGAUGACAACAACAAAAAAAAACGAGUAGAAAGAAAAACCAGAAGAAACCAGAAGAAAAAAGAAAAAAAAAAAUAUGCCCGAGUCCAGAAGAAACUACGAGGAGACUCCGGCUUAAAUGGGCAAUGCGACCGCAAAAGAGGUAAACGCGUAAUUGAUGCGGCGAGGAGAUAGACGGGAUGUAGUUUCCCCCCCCGGAGUUGUGGACCGGAGGUGGACGGGUAUCAGUCUCGAUUUUUUUUCUGGAUAAAAAUAAAUAGACGGCGGUGAAAGGUAAUAAGCGAAGACGGGGGUGAGUUUUCCGCAGCUGGGAAAGACGGGACGAUUAGGUGCGGAGGUCCCGUGGAACGCUAAAACCGUUGACGAACGGUGCCCCCGAAACUAUCUCGUUCUCGCGCCAACUGGUCGUUUGACCGGUCACUCGAGAAACUCCGAAACUCUCUUUCCGAUCCCGGACAUCGUUCCACUUUACAAGCGAUCGUUCGUGGCGAAGGACGAUCGAUCCGCGGCUCUCGUCGAACUCGGUGAAUAAGCACCGUCUCCGCUCCGCUCCGCGCGCAUUUAUUCAAUCUCCGCGUCUCCUUCAUUCAGCCGUGUUUCACGGGGAAUCCUCGGGUGAUCAAUAGCCAAUCGUAACGAGACACGGAUCGACGUACGAUCCAAAACGAAUUUUAAUUGACAGUAUACCGACGUACGCGAAUUCAUCAAUAGCCCUGACAAACGGCGAGGUACUUCCUAAUUUCGCGAACGAACGGAGACGCCACGUUGAAAAGUCUCAAUUCCCCCGGAUCGAACCGGCGGACGAAGACCCGAGCGAGCGAUACGAGAGGAUAUUCGAAAAAUUGUCGAGGCGGAAAAUUUUUUACCGUUGAAAAAAAUUUUUCGUCGACGGAAAAUAUUCGUACGAAAGCGGACUCGUGUAAUAAACGUCGCGGCGUGUAUCGAUGGAAGCCACGGCGAGAAGCGUGGGACGUAAAACGUUCCAACGUGUGUAACAUAACAGGUUGCAGGAGUUGUCGGAACGGCGAUAAAUACUUAGACACCCCAUAAUUCGUGGCGAGGGUGCGAUGCGUCAUGCUAGAUACGUAUCAGAGACGCACGACGGUUCCUCUGCUCGUCGGACGCUAAGGUAAGAACGCGAGACGUGGAAGGUAUAAAGGGUAUUAA